UAGAGGAAGAGCCGCUGUGGGUGCAGUUCACGUUAGCUUCAGCGUUACUGUUAGCACGCACCGUUGACAAGUGGAUCCCUUACUGUCUUAAUUAUAAGACGAAUUUCUGUUCGCCAAACCAGGGUUUAGGAGUUGUUACCGAGGCUCUCCGACGACUCCUUCGCCAAGAUGAGCUUCUUGUUUGGCAGUCGCUCAUCCAAGACCUUCAAGCCGAAGAAGAACAUCCCAGAGGGCUCCCACCAGUACGAGCUGCUGAAACAUGCCGAGGCGACGCUGGGCAGUGGGAACCUGCGGCAGGCUGUCAUGCUGCCCGAGGGAGAGGAUCUCAAUGAGUGGAUUGCUGUCAACACGGUGGAUUUCUUCAACCAGAUCAACAUGCUGUAUGGGACCAUCACUGAGUUCUGCACCGAGACCAGCUGCUCUGUGAUGUCUGCUGGACCAAGAUAUGAGUAUCACUGGGCUGAUGGCACCAAUAUUAAGAAGCCUAUCAAAUGCUCUGCACCCAAGUACAUUGACUACCUGAUGACCUGGGUGCAGGAUCAACUGGAUGAUGAGACACUUUUCCCCUCCAAGAUUGGAGUUCCCUUUCCGAAGAACUUCAUGUCUGUGGCCAAAACCAUCCUGAAGCGUCUGUUCAGGGUUUACGCUCACAUCUACCACCAACAUUUUGACUCUGUGAUGCAGCUGCAGGAGGAGGCCCACCUCAACACCUCCUUCAAGCACUUCAUUUUCUUUGUUCAGGAGUUCAACCUCAUCGACAGGCGAGAGCUUGCUCCCCUCCAGGACUUGAUCGAGAAGCUUGGAUCCAAGGACAGAUAGACCCUUCACCACACGUUCCCCCCCCUUUUUUUUUAACAGUUUCUUUUUCUCCUUCGUCUGUCUUUGUGACCUCUGCUACCUCUACGACUUCUAGUCUCAACUCUUAUGAUCUGUGCCUUCUUUUUUUCAUUUCCUGAAUGUUUGUACUGUACUUUUCCUUUUAUUCCUUCCAUUGUCUUUUAUGCUGUCUUUGAGCCUUUUUUUCCAUUUUUGCCACUAGAUCAUUUAAGAUAGAGUAGUGUAGUAAGAAUAUCUGUUCACAGGACUGUGGUUAAUGACUCUGUAAGAGCAACCUACUGAUUUUUUUUUUUAUUGGACCAAGGACAUUUGGAAGUUAAAGUGAAAACCAGCUUUCUUUUUCCUUCAGAAGUUGGCGCAUAGUGUUUUGAUUUUCUAAACAUUUUAGUUAUUGAUAGGCAAUUUUCUCUGUUAACUUUUAGAUAUUGUAAUUACAAUGACUGACCAAAUACCCCAAUUUUAGCUUUUUUUAAUACAGUGGGGAGAAACAGGGAAGAUGGCAAGAAAAGCAGAGACAUGAAUCAGAUGGAUUUUGCAGCUGUGACAAUACAAGUUUGGUAUUUUAAGUCUUGCGAGAAGGCAGCCACAAAAAUGCACCAGUAAGUAGUAUAUAGCUUUCUGACACAAGCUGAUUGUGUAUCUGAUAUCCCACAUAUGCUAAUGUGCUUCCUAUUGACAUGUUCUUUGACACAGUUACGCUUGAAAACAUGCUGUGAUAGGCGAUUGUGAGAUGCUUUUGCUCUUGCCCCACAGAAAGAACCACCAUCGACUUCAUUACAACUAUUUCAAUUUGGUCAUGCAAUAUUGUGUUUUGCACAUUUUUGGGCUAUUUUCUUAAUUAAAAUAGUAAAAUGCGAGCAUGAUAGUUAUUAUUGAUAGCCACUUAAAACUUAAAGGAUGUAUAUUAGAAAUAAUUGUCAAGAGAAUUUUUUUUAAAAUAGCUUUACUGUCAUUUUAGUUCAUUUCUGUGGUGCAGAUUAAUUGUGGAGCCCUGCAUCUUUGAUGUUCAAAUGCUGGUACUUUAAAAAAAAAGAAAGAAAGAAAGAAAUCCCCCCCUGGAUUGGAAAAGAGGGUAUGAGAUAUCUUUGUUGAUCUUGGUGCAUAUAUCAUGGUCAUUUUGUGCUCACUGGCUAAAACAGCGGGGCUGUUUGUUCUGCCAUGCUUUUUAAAAAUACGAAUGCAGCUAUUACUCCUGAUAAAUGUUUUAUUUUGCAAACUUUGAACAAGGGAAUUGGUCCAUAACCUUUUUCAUGUUGGACCUAAAUUCAUAUCGGACAAUCAUGUAACCCAUUAAGAGCUGUUAGAUAACUUGAUGCAUCACCAGGAACCGACCAGUGUGACUUGGUGCAGUAGAGUGUUCAUUUGAUUAUGUACUGCUUUUUUAGGAAGAUGAAAGCCUUUCAACAAUGUGAAAAACAUGUUUAAUUUACUUUAACUGCAAUUUUUAUCCAUGUGUAGGGAAAAAAAUCCAACCAGCAACCGUUAACUGUAUCAUCUAUAGGUGUAUCAAUAUAUUUUCCAAGACUGAGAUAUUUUACGGAUUUUACCUGAACAUCUAAUUAGUCGUUUAUUUCAAUCUUGUCACGUAUUUUUGAAAAGUAUUUCUUUUUCUCACAGUUUUGUUUUUAAACUUUUGGCAUGGAGUAACAUUUAAUAUUAUGUUUUCACAAUAAAUUGUUGACUUUGCCAUUUCAAAUGAGGAAGAAGGGCUUUGAAAGGAAUCUAAAGUUUUAUAUAUUUUCAAUAAUGGUCCAAUCAUCGGGUGGUCAUUUCGACUGGGAGGAGGUGUGAAGAUGUGUGUACUGCGUCCGAACAUUUGCUGUAAAUAAGAUCAGUGUUUUAUCUGAACAAAACUGUGCCUUACAAAAAUGAAUAUGUCUAAUAUGACAGUAUUGGUAGAUCAAAAACUCAAUAAACACUGAAAGGAA